AUGGAACGAUUUAAGUUUUUAGAGAAGGUGUUCAAAAAGAAAACCAAUAUUGAGAAUCUCCGUGGGAAGGCUACGAUAGAUGAUGAGAAGGCAUUUUACAUGAACUGGUUGUUGGAGGCGUCUUUAAAGGUCAAUAGUGAAUUGAAUAUUUUAUCUACAAAACCGGAAAGGAUGGAGGUAUUGGAAAAGCUGAAAGGCAGAACCAUUAAAGGCCAUGAUAAAUAUAUUCCAUAUGAAGUGGAAAUUGAAAAUCUCAAGUGGCAUAUCCAAAAAAUGGAGUUGCUUUUGACAAAAUUAGAGACAGAGAAUGUUGACAUUGAACUGUUGAAGGCACUUAAGACUGAAUUUGAACACUAUAUUGAGAAUUACAAAGAUAAUAAUGCCAUAUUUAACCCAAAAAUCUACGACCAUUUCAACCUAGACUUGGUACAAACCAAUUUACCACAAGUUACAGCCGCAUCAAAUCUGUCAUUGCCCACAAAAGAUACUGCAAAUGUCAAUGCUAUGGAGGAAAAGACUGAGGAUUUACCCCUUAGCAUGGAAACUUCGGCUUGGAGGGAGAAGGCCCAAGAAGUUGAUGAACAGCCGGAAGCUCCCGACGCCUCUUCGGUCGUGGUAGGGAAGGUGAUCGAUAAGCCUAGUUUGUGUAAAUUACUAACGGAGGCCUUUAGAACCAGGCCUACACGUGCGGAUGUUGCUGACAUCUCACCUAUAUACGGAAUGCCCUGGAAGGGGAGACUGCCAUUUUUCCCCUCUGAGCCCCUUGACAUAACUCCUAGUUACUUUGAAAGACUUAGUAUUGAAACCCUUUUUUUUGCAUUCUACUAUCAACCAGGCACUUACGCACAAUAUUUGGCAGCUCUAGAAUUGAAACGUCAACACUGGAGAUUCCACACGCAAUAUUUGACAUGGUUUCAGCGCAAUGAGGAGCCAAUAAAGGUCACAGAAAGUUACGAAAAGGGUUCAUUUGUUUACUUUGAUGUUGAAGAAUGGAGGAAGAGGAUUAAACCGGAAUUUACAUUCUUUUACUGUUAUCUAGAGAAUGAAUUGUAG